CGCCCGUCUCCCAAACGACUCCUGCAUCUGCGUAGAACGACAUGCGCACCGGCCUUUAGUCGAUUGCAGGAGAGAGGAGGCACAAUUGCAAACAUGUCCGGUUCAUACGGGCGUCUGGGACUUCGCCAUGCCCUAACAGCCCGACGGAAUUUUUCAACAUCGCGACCUUCGCAGUCCAACAUCGUGCCCCCGGAGUCACCCUCCUAUAUCCGCCUCCCCACGCCUGCUCAAUCCGAUGAAACAAAGCCCCCACGAGUUAGAGGUCAUCUCCCGGUACCGAGGGAAAUAUUUCCCCGCCCCGAAGGAGACCUUAAAGUGCAACCCGAUUACAUCCAGCGCACUGCACCAAAGCCAUCGAAACAGCGAACUCCGUCCAACGACGCACAGCGAUGGAAGGCCACACUGGCGGAUAAUCGACGACAGAAUCUUGCAGGAAGUCUACAGGCCCUGUGGGAAAGGCGAUCCGCGAGCGACAAGCUGCGCAACGCCCGUGUAACCCGCAAAUUCAACGAGCACAACAGGGCUGCGGCUGCCCCGGAGCGUGAAGACGAUGUUUUGACACGUAGCACUGUCUUGGGCGCGAUUCUGGACACCAAAGUGUACCCAGACCCCCAGCGAUUCUCUCGUGCUGAUCGCAGCCGCACAGAGGUGCUAGCGAGGGAAGCCGCGAAGCGAGAGGCCAGACGUGAUGCUCUCAUGGAACUGUAUAUCAGUGCCUCGAACUUCAUCGUGCAAGAGAGCGAACUGCGCGCAGAAAUCGACAGAGUUUUCACUGAAGACUAUUUCAGAAAGCAGAGUCAAGCUGUCAACCGCUAUGGUGCCACGGAGAACACAUGGGGCAUAUACGGCAAGCCGCCUUCCAUCGCCAACAUGCUGGAAACAUCUACGGGCACAUCGACAAAACUUAUGGACUAUUACGAGUCCGAGUAUGACAGAUCAGUCAAACGACAGAAGAAAAUUGCGGAGGACCUGACAGGCGGAAAGAUGGAGUAAUUGAUCUCGCCGGAUAGUUAUGUACCACCACCCAUGGAUCGUCAAGCGAUCCAUCGUCAAUGGAGGAGAAAUCGCAAUCGGAUGUGACAUCUAGCCUGGAAAAUAGUCUUGCGGUACGUCAUGAUCAGCGCGUCAACGGUGUUCAGUCAGCGGGUGUGACGCAAUCUGAGUCUAUUCUUGUUCAUCUUAUACAUAGCAGCAAUCCGCCAUACAGCUGUGAAACCUCGAUAUUCUCCACUGCUGAAUUCAUCGCUUCUCAACGAGAAGGACAUGCAUUGCUGCAUAAGCCAAAAGGACGAAGGCAGCUGCGAAAAUACCCAGAUUCCGAACGUCUGUCCAAAGCGCACUAUUGUUGAAACCAAAUGAACUGAGAAUGGCC